CAACAAACACACACAAACAGAGACACCUGUACAUACACACAGACAUGUACAUACAUACACACACAGAAACAUGUACACACACGCACAGAGACACAUGUACACACACACACAUACAGACACAUGUAUACACACUCAGGCACGUACAGACACACACAUACAUGUACAGACACGCAGACACAUGUACAGAUACACACAUGUACAUACACACAGACACAUGUACAUGCAUACGCAGACACACACACAUAUAUACACACACACACACACACACACAGACACAUGUACACACACAUACAUGUACAUCCAUGCAGACACAUGUACAUAUACACACAUGUACAUACACACAGACACAUGUACAUGCAUACGCAGACACACACACAUGUGUACACACCUAUAAAAAGUUGCAGCACUUCCUUGUUCACUCACAGAGCCGGGUACUGCACUGUAGGGGGAGGCAGAGAGCACAGCACACACUCUUUCCUUUGCUUUCACUGUGUUCAGUUAUUGAGCAGUCUGAUGGCCCCCAGUGCCAAUAACAGAUCCAGCCUGAGCUCGGAGCCUGCUCAGCAAGACGGCCCUGGGGGACACACUCGCCCCCACCAUAAUUUCCACUCGCCAUUGGCGAGCAGGCGAGUGGAAAUUUCA